CUCCCCGGAAGCCCCGGGUCAGAAGGUGAAGCGAGACUCGGCUCUGGCCGUGGAAAUAGGAAGCGUCAGGGGCAGGUUCCGAAGAGCGUCGCCGUCCCGCGUUUGCUCUCUCUCGGUCCUGAGGGGAAAGGAAGAAAGGCCGUUGCCGCCCGCUGCUUUCUCCCUCGCACCCUGCCGCCGCCGCCAUCAUGGGCAAGUCCUUCGCCAACUUCAUGUGCAAAAAGGACUUCCAUCCGGCCUCCAAGUCCAACAUCAAAAAGGUAUGGAUGGCAGAACAGAAAAUAUCUUAUGACAAGAAGAAACAAGAAGAGUUAAUGCAACAGUACCUUAAAGAGCAGGAAUCCUAUGACAACAGACUGCUUAUGGGCGAUGAACGUGUGAAGAAUGGGCUAAAUUUUAUGUAUGAAGCCCCACCUGGAGCCAAGAAAGAAGAGGCCAAAGAGCAAGAAGGAGAAACUGAAUAUAAAUUUGAAUGGCAGAAAGUCGCUCCACGUGAAAAAUAUGCUAAAGAUGAUAUGAAUAUUAGAGAUCAGCCAUUUGGUAUCCAGGUGCGGAAUGUGAGAUGUAUUAAAUGUCACAAGUGGGGCCAUGUCAACACAGACCGAGAAUGUCCUUUGUUUGGACUUUCUGGAAUUAAUGCAAGUUCAGUUUCCAGUGACGGUUCAGGGCCAUCAAUGCACCCCUCGGAGCUAAUAGCGGAGAUGAGAAACAGUGGGUUUGCACUGAAACAAAAUGUACUGGGGAGAAACUUGACCGCAAAUGAUCCAUCACAGGAAUUUGUGGCAAGUGAGGGAGAAGAUGACCCAGAAGUGGAAUUUUUGAAAUCCUUGACAACAAGACAGAAGCAAAAGCUUUUGAGGAAACUGGAUCGCUUGGAGAAGAAGAAGAAGAAGAAAGAUAGAAAGAAGAAAAAGCAGCAAAAGAAAAAAAGCAAAAGUAAACACAGGAAACAUAAGAGCAGGUCCUCCUCCACAUCCUCCAGUGAGUCUUCAGGAAGCAGCAGCAGUGAUGGUGAGACUGACAGCCAAGAUAAAGCAGCACAAAAGGAGAGGGAUUCUAAGGAAAGAAGAAAAGCCAAGUGUUCAGAGCCUAGCAGCAGUGACACUGAAGGGAAUGCGAAGACUAAGGGAAAACUUCAUGAAGAUCCCUCCAGCAGUCAUGGUAACAAGGAUAAAGAUAGAGAGAAGAGUAGACCUUUAACGCAAGACAGUUCUGCAGAGAACAACAAACAGAGCUCCUGCGAGGGCAAAAGAAUGCCUGCAAGCAGAUACGACGACACAGACAAGAGAAAGGAAUCUGAAAGAUACAGAAACGCAGGGAGAAGCCAAAGCAAGGAGCAGAGCAGAGGAUCUCACACAAGGCACACGACUUGUAGCCCAAGUGAGGAACGACACAGGAAAAAGGAAACCAAAAGCCGUCACUCAGACAUAAGCAGGGAGCAGCAGAAACAUAGGGAGAGCUGCAGUAACAAAUACUGUCGAACGGAGCAUAGAGAGAGAAACAGAAGCCGGGAGAGGAAAAAAUAGAUAAUGUGGGUGGCAAACCCGUUUUUGCACCUUUUUUUUUUUAGAAUCCUUUAGUAAAGGGCUCCUCAUAUGCUUCCCUCUUUCUCAUAUGUCGGUUCUCCAAAAUAUUUAAAUAUCUUACUUCAGAUAGUACUAUGUUGUGUGUGUGACAUGCAAAAAAGAGAGACUUUAAAACAUGGGUACCACGUUAUGUUGCUGCAAAAUGUAUCUUAUUUCAGGAGGAGGACACUUGGUUGAAGAGAGGAGGUGUGUUUGGUAAAAUUAAAAUAAUUAUAUAUUUAAGAGAUGUCUUGGUGUGUCUUUAUAAAAUCAGAGUUCCCCUGUUGUGCAUUAUUUCUCCUAGCAUUUCUCCUUUUCAGGCAGGAUUUUAAACAAGAAGUGAAGAUCUCAGGAAUGCUAUAUUGAUUGAAUAUAGAGUUUCAAAAAUGUUUUUAAAGUGUUUAAAAAUUGUUUUAAUUGUGGUUUUAAUAUGAAUACCUAUGUAAUUGUUCUAAGUAUAAUGUUUAAUGUUUUUAAAUCUGUGUUUGCUAUAUACCGUAGUUUUAACUGUUGUGAACUGUCUUGGUCCCCCAUGGGAAGAAAGGAGACAGACAGACAGACAGACAGACAGACAUGUUUGUGAGAAUAAGUUUAUGUGUUAAAAGGAUGUAACAAAAGUGUGCCAGUAGUAUUUGACAUAGUUCUGGAUAAAAUCACAGUUACAAACCACAAAUUAGGUAAUUUUUGAGUGGAAGCAUUCCUCCCCUCCCCCGAGGACAAUUUUACGAGUUAAAACAACAGAGCAACAUAUUUCCCUGUAAGUGUGUAGCCAACAUUUUUGGCCUCCUGCAGUGUAUAACGUGGGCAAGGCUAUCUAAGCAUCUUGAAUCCCUGUUGGUGUGUGUCACCACAGUGUGAAGUUAUUGUUCAAUAAUUUCUCAAGACAUGGGAAGAAUAUUUACUGUCUUAACAGCUUCCAGGUAUUGUGUGCAGUAGGAAUUUAAUGGCAGCCCUACUCUUCUCUUUUAAGAAAACACCUUAUUUCUCUUCAGAGUUUGGAGAACAUUUUCAGAAACCCUACUUGUUAUUAAGCAUUUAAUUCCAUGAAAUAAAUUGUCUUAAUUUAU